GUUGAGUAACGUACUUCGAGAUCUGUGGAGCAGGCCAACUCGUCUCUCUCUCUCUCUCUCUUUCUUUCUCUCACACACACAUUCUUCUUUCUCUCUUCUCCUAAACAUGGUACAAACUAAGAAGUUCCGAGGCGUCAGGCAGCGCCAUUGGGGCUCAUGGGUCUCUGAGAUUCGCCACCCAUUGCUGAAGAGAAGGGUGUGGCUGGGCACCUUCGAGACAGCCGAAGAGGCCGCUCGAGCCUACGAUGAGGCGGCAGUGUUAAUGAGUGGGCGCAAUGCGAAGACCAACUUCCCGGUGGUCAAGACUCCGGCUGGGGAUGCGAAGACAAGCGAGGACUCUCGGCUGUCUCCGACGGCUCUGUCAUCGACGCUUAGCGCAAAGCUACGUAGGUGUUGCAAAACCCCCUCCCCAUCCCUCACUUGUUUGAGGCUCGACACAGAGAAUUCGCAUUUUGGAGUCUGGCAGAAGCGGGCUGGAGCGCGUUCAGACUCGAGUUGGGUCAUGACUGUUGAGCUUUGUCAGAAGAACUCUCAGGCCCCUGAGGCCACACCGGCUUUAUUGCCGGAGACACCGGAGUUGGUGGAGGCGGAUGCCAAAGUUGGACUGCCGGAAGAGGAGAAGAUUGCAUUGCAGAUGAUAGAGGAACUUUUGAACAGAAAUUGUCCUAGUCCUUAGCCAUUUUACAAUGGAUUUACCAAGAGGAAAGGGCGGGGCCUGUAAAAAUGGUCCAAUUAAUUAAAUCCAAACUCCCAAUUUAAUGGCUUCAUUGACAACUGUAGUUAUUAGAUAUUUGAAUUGAGUCCUCUCAGUGUAGAAGCUAAGAGGCAUACUAUAGAUUUUAUCCACCUCGGUUGAUGAUCAUGUCAAAAAUUUGGACGUGUGGUAACAGUACUAGUGGCCCAUUAGAAUUUAGAACACUUGGGUAUAUGUAACAAGCACAGAAUAAAUGGAACUUGUUUAAUAGCCCUUCUAUUAAUUAAUGGAUUUUGGCCUGGCAAUAAUAUUUGUCUCAGCAAGAUUAA